AUGGCUUCACAAGUGGUGGAGUUCUACUGCCGGCGUGAGGCGCGGAAACUGCUCUCAACCGUAGCAAAUGCGAGCAUCGCAUACAUCGCCAGCUUCGUGGCAAGGGCUGUUGAAGAGCGGAGAACUUGCACGGCUUGCCCUCAUCUUCACGAAGCGCACUCCUCUUCGCCUGAACUUGUAGGGCUGAUUAGCCUCUCCACACGAGGAGGUCUCACAUUCCCUAAGCCUGAAUUUGUAGCAGUUUUAGCAGCCGUGAAAAAAGCUGUUGAUUUUGCUGUGCCGCACAUUGGGACGAAGGAUGUACGCAAGAAACUUGCAAACAUCAUCACUCCAUACUUAAUUAAGUGCCCCCUAUUUAUGUGUCCGGCCAGAGAUGAACACGUCGGAUGUACAGUGUCUACUGUAAUUGACAAUUAUGUAAGAAUACUGCUCGCAAACAUAGGCACCACUCUCACAGACAGGGCAGCCUACCGUAAAAAGCUUAUGUCAAAGCCCCUGCAUCGCAAAGUGCUUCGUGUAUAGGUUAUAUUGACACAUCGUACAAUAGUUCAGCGCUGUCUCGUGAGUAAGGGAAUGCUUUCCCGACUAAGAUGUUAUACCAACGAAGUUAUCAUACAUGAUUUUUGUCUCGUUUGGGCAGCUACCUUGUGGUGCCGUAAUAUUCGUGCAGCAUUUACUGCGUACAUUCGUUGUGCUUCAUUCUGUGCAUAGUUCCUGUUUUUAGUUUACAUUUUCGUUGUACCUAUGGUAUUGUAUUCAUGCAGCACUGAGCUGUCUUAUGCGAAUAAUGCUUUUGUUACGACUUUGCAUUUUUUGUUUUAUUUAAUUUCCUCGCAUGCAUUGCAGUGCAAUGAUCGUUGCGCAGUGUUUACCAGCAGUUUUGCGUGCGUGAUUUUUUCAUGAUCUUAGUUUUCGCUUCAGUUUUACAAUGUAUAUUGACUGCAUGAAGGCCACAAUCUGCCACUUCACUCUGUGCGGAUAAUGCUUCCUUUAUGCCGAUGUCACUUUUUUACUUCUUUACGCUGCUGUGACGGCAUUCACCUGUUAUACAAUGCCUGUAAAGCAUUCCGUAUAAAAGAAAGG